AUGGAGAGUGAAAAAGAUAAGAUGGGUUGGAGGGAGCAAUAUGUCAAUGUGAAGCUGCAAAAGCAAAGAAGAAGACCAUCCCUGGUAUCUGCUGCUCUACCUGAAACAGCGGCUUCAAUAGCGAUUGCUGCUGCAGUUGUUGGUACAGCAGCUACCAUUCUUGUGAGGAGAACCAAAGCUUCUGAGACAGCUGAGGUUCCUAUGAAAAUCUGUGAAGCCUGUGGUGGUUCUGGUAUAUGUCCUGAAUGCAAAGGCGAAGGCUUCGUUCUUAAGAGACUCUCAGAUGAAAGUGCUGAGAGGGCAAGAUUGGCUUCUAAGAAUAUGGCCACUCGAUACACAGCAGGGCUUCCAAAGAAAUGGAGCUACUGUACAAAGUGCUCCUCUGCCCGAUCAUGCCUUACCUGCAGUGGCCGUGGAAAGAUAGUUUUGCUGUAA